AUGAAGCAGAGAUUCUCGUCGCUAGACGUCAAGGUCAUCACGCAGGAGCUGGCCGCGGAGCUGGUCAACCUCCGCGUGUCCAACAUCUACGAUCUCUCCUCCCGAAUCUUCCUCUUCAAGCUCGCCAAGCCAGACCACCGGCGCCAACUGAUCGUCGACUCCGGCUUCCGCACCCAUGUCACACAAUACUCCCGCACCGCAGCGUCCGCCCCCUCACCCUUCGUCACGCGAAUGCGCAAGUUCCUCAAAUCCCGACGCAUCACCAGUAUAACCCAGAUCGGAACGGACCGUGUCAUUGACAUCUCCUUCAGCGAUGGCACAUACCACAUGUUCCUCGAAUUCUUCGCGGGCGGCAACAUCAUCGUCACGGACCGCGAGUAUACCAUCAUCGCGCUAUUCCGACAGGUCACCGCUGCCGAGGGCGAAGAAGCGAAACUGGGAUUGAAGUAUACGGUCACGAAUAAACAGAAUUAUGGGGGUGUGCCGGAUAUCACGGAUGAGCGGGUGAAGCAGACGCUUGAGAAGGCUAAAGCGCUGUUUGCUGGUGACGAGGCUGCGCCGAAGAAAAUGAAGAAGAAGAAGAAUACGGAUGUUUUGCGGAAGGCUCUUUCUCAGGGGUUUCCUGAGUAUCCCCCGCUUUUGUUAGAUCAUGCUUUUGCGGUGAAAGAAUUUGACCCGGCGACGCCGCUGGAUCAGGUCUUGGGGGAUGAAGCUGCCUUGCUGAAGGUGCGGGAGGUGCUUGAGGAGGCUCAGCGGGUCUCGAAUAGCUUUGGCGUUGGCGAGAAUCAUCCAGGGUAUAUUGUUGCCAAGGAGGAUAAGCGAGCUUCCGCUGAUGGCGAGGGUGCCUCGAAGACGCCUGGCCUGUUGUACGAGGAUUUCCACCCGUUCAAGCCGCGGCAGUUUGAGGGCAAGCUGGGAAUCUCGAUCCUAGAGUUUGACCGGUUUAAUGCCACAGUGGACGAGUACUUCUCGUCUCUGGAGUCGCAGCGUCUGGAAUCCCGGCUGACGGAGAAAGAAGAGGCAGCCAAGCGCAAGCUGGAAUCUGUCCGAGAUGAGCACAGGAAGCGUAUUGAUGCGCUGAAAGAUGCACAGGAGCUUCAUAUCCGCAAGGCUGGUGCUAUUCAGGACAACAUGUACCGGGUUCAAGAGGCGAUGGAUGCCGUCAACGGUCUUGUCGCGCAGGGUAUGGACUGGGGCGAGAUUGCGCGUCUUAUUGAGAUGGAACAGGGUCGGGGCAACCCGGUGGCGCAGAUCAUCAAGCUUCCGUUGAAGCUGUAUGAGAAUACCGUCACUCUCCUGCUCGCAGAGGCCGGUGACGACGAGGAUGAUGAUGAAGAGGAAGAACUCGAAUCCAGCGAUGAAUCCGAGUCGGACUCGGAAAACGAAAAGCGCGAGGAGCAGCGACGUGCAGAUGCGACCUCGAAAUUGUUAACCAUCGAUAUCGACCUCGGUUUGACGCCUUGGGCAAAUGCUUCGCAAUACUACGAUCAGAAGAAACAGGCGUCGGAGAAGCAGCAGAGGACCGCUCAGUCAUCCUCCAAGGCUCUUAAGAGUCAUGAAAAGAAGGUGACGGCCGAUCUCAAGAAGAGUCUGAAACAGGAAAAGCAAGUUCUACGCCAGGCCCGUGUGCCGUUCUGGUUUGAGAAAUUUGUCUUUUUCAUCUCCUCGGAAGGCUACUUGGUUAUUGGUGCCCGCGAUGCAAUGCAGAGCGAACUCCUGUACCGCCGCUAUCUCAACAAAGGCGACAUCUUCAUCCACGCCGACCUCGAAGGCGCCCUACCAAUCGUCGUCAAGAACCGCACCGGAAACUCAGACGCGCCCAUCUCCCCAAGCACCCUCUCGCAAGCAGGAAACAUGUGCGUGGCAACCUCUACGGCAUGGGACUCCAAGGCCGUCAUGUCCGCGUGGUGGGUGCAUGCCCACCAAGUCUCCAAGACUGCCCAAGUGGGCGGUGGCAUCUUACCUACGGGCCGAUUCGAGGUAAAGGGUGAGAAGAACUUCCUUGCGCCCUCGCAGCUAGUUCUGGGAUUUGCUGUUCUGUGGCAGAUUAGCCAGGAGAGUGUGAAGAAUCAUAAGCAACUGUUUGAGACGGGUGAUGUACCUGUCGAGAGUGUGGAUGCGGAUGUCAAGGAGACGGUUGAGGCUGAGCAGGAGGCUGCUAUAGAAGUCGCUCCGGUGGAAGAGGCUACUACUACGCUUCAAGAGGUUCCUGAAGAUGAAAAACAGGACAACGAUGCAUCUGCGGACGAGGAAGAGGCAGAAGAAGACGAGGAGGAUCAAGCUCCAGCCAGAAACCCCCUCCAGCGUGGUGAUUCUGAACUCCCUGUCCAGCAGUCACCCGAGUCUGAGCCCGAGUCCGAGGCGGAAGAUGAGGAUGAGGACAAAGAGGAUGCAGAGAUAGAAUCCGUGCAACAAGAGCAGGCUGGUGAAGGUACUGAAGCCUCGUCAGCACAGCUCGCAGCUCGCGGACAACGUCAAGGCAAACCCACCUACCAACCAAGCGAGGCUGAAUCUACGACAUCGCGCACCCCGCCAACCCGGGGAAAGAAAGCCAAGGACAAGCGCGCCGCAGCCAAAUACGCCCAACAAGACGACGAAGAGCGCGAACUCGCCCUCCGCCUACUAGGCUCCAACAAAGGCAAAGCCGCCAAAGCAGCCAAAGCCGCCGAAGCCAAAGCCCAACGCGAACGCGAAGCCGAAGCCCAGCGACUCCGCCGCCGCGCACAGCACGAACGCGCCGCCGAAGCCGAACGAAAACGCCAAGCCCACUUCGAAGAAGGCGGCGACGACUACAACGAAGAAAUCGCCGCCGCCGAAGCCGCCGAUCUAAGCUGGCUCCCCGCGCUCGUCGGCACACCCACCCCAGACGAUGAAAUUCUCGGUGCGAUUGCUGUUUGUGCGCCCUGGGCCGCACUGGGUCGGUACAAGUAUAAGGUGAAAUUGCAGCCUGGGGCUGUGAAGAAGGGUAAGGCUGUCAAGGAGAUUGUUGGACGGUGGGUGUCGGAGACGACGACAGGGAAGGUGAAGAAGGAGUAUGCGGAGGAUGUGGGGAUUUCGAGGGUUGAGGCGGAGAAGUUAAGGGCGAGGGAGGGGGAGUUGAUUAAGGGGUGGAAGGAGACGGAGAUUAUUAAUACGAUGGUUGUUGGGAAGGUGAGGAUUAUGACGCCUGGGAGUGGUGGUGGUGCUGGUGGUGGGGAUAAAGGGAAGGGGAGUGGUGGGAAGGGUGGGAAAGGUGGUGGCGGGAGAGGAGGUGGGAAGGGAGGGAAGAAGAAAUAA